ACAGGAUGUUUCCGUAUAAGGGAUCGACGCUAAUCUCAUUACGCAUCUAGGGUCGCCAUAAACCGUUCAGUCUAGUUGUCACAUCGCGGCUGAUACUCUUAAUUUAUUGGAUGUCAAAAAGCCAAUGUCUUGAAAUAACCGUUAGCUGAAAACUACAAUUGCAAGCUUCAAUGUCCUCAGCUAGGAUGUAACUGCCCUGAAGCAAAAUAAUUCGAUGGACUUCCACCCAGUGUUUUCAAACGGCAGUCGUAAAUGAAUUGGUCAUGGAGGAUCGGGGUUCUUGUGGCGUACAUCAGAUGUGCAUCAUUUUUACUCUAAUGUUUUCACUGUAUCCUCAACAUUGUCGCGGGAGUUGGAUGUGGCUGGGCAUUACAUCUGUGGGAAUACCCGAGAAGAUGGGAUGCACAAAUCUACCGCUUUCAACCAAGCAGAAGGAGCUAUGUAAAAGAAAGCCAUAUCUCUUACCAAGCAUCAAAGACGGCGCGCGUCUGGGGAUCGCGGAGUGCCAAACGCAGUUUAAACACGAGCGAUGGAACUGUUCCACCACAAAAGAGCCCUCUGUCUUCGGAUAUGAGUUAACCAGUGGGACAAAGGAGACAGCCUUCAUCUACGCCGUGAUGGCAGCGGGCUUGGUGCAUGCAGUGACCCGCUCCUGCAGUGCGGGCAACAUGACGGAGUGCUCCUGCGACACUGCCCUGCAGGGCAGUGGCUCACCCAGCGAGGGCUGGCACUGGGGCGGCUGCUCCGACAACAUCCAGUAUGGCACCUGGCUCAGCCGCCGCUUCAUCGACAACUCUGCCAGGAACACCUCAACCAAGGGGGGCAAUGCCCUGCAGACCAUGAACCACCACAACAGCGAGGCCGGUCGGCAGGCUGUGGCGAAGACGAUGUCCACCGAUUGCCGCUGCCACGGUGUCUCAGGCUCCUGCGCGGUUAAGACGUGCUGGCGGAUGAUGGCGCCCUUCGAGCGGGUGGGCAGCUUCCUGAAGGAGCGCUACGAGGCCAGCGUGCAAGUGCUGGACCGCUCAACGAGGAAGGUGCGGCGCAAGGAGAGGGACCAGCGACGUGUGCCUGUCGGCAAGGAGGAGCUCAUCUUCCUCAACAAGUCGCCCAACUACUGCCUGGAGGACCGGCAGCUGGGCGUGGCCGGCACGCGUGGCCGGCGCUGUAACCGCACCUCAGUGGGGGCUGAUGGCUGCAACCUGCUGUGCUGUGGGCGUGGGUACAACACCCAUGUGGUGCGGCGCGUGGAGCGCUGUGACUGCAAGUUCAUCUGGUGCUGCUAUGUGCGCUGCCGCCGUUGCGAGAGUAUGAACGACAUGCAUACCUGCAAGUAG